ACAAGGACAAGUGCAGAGUCCUGCACUUAGGGAGGAAGAAUCCCAGCACUGCUGCGGACUAGGGACUGUGAAUGGCUAGGCAGCAGUUCUGCAGAAAAGGACCAUGGGGUUACGGUGAAUGAGAAGCUGGAUACGAGUUAACAGUGUGCCCUUGUUGCUAAGAAGACUAACAGCAUUUUGGGCUGUAUAAGUAGGGGCAUUGCCAGCAGAUCGAAGGAUGUGAUCAUUCCCCUCUAUUCGACAUUGGUGAGGCCUCAUCUGGAGUACUGUGUCCAGUUUUGGGGCCCACACUACAAGAAGGAUGUGGAAAAAUUGGAAAGAGUCCAGCGGAGGGUAACAAAAAUGAUUAGGGGGCUGGAGCACAUGACUUAUGAGGAGAGGCUGAGGGAAGUGGGAUUGUUUAGUCUGUAGAAGAGAAGAAUGAGGGGGGAUUUGAUAGCUGGUUUCAGCUACCUGAAAGGGGGUUCCAAAGAGGAUGGAUCUAGACUGUUCUCAGUGGUACCUGAUGACAGAACUAGGAGGGUGGUGAAGUACUGGAAUGGGUUCCCUAGGGAGGUGGUGGAAUCUCCUUCCUUAGAGGUUUUUAAGGUCAGGCUUGACAAAGCCCUGGCUGGGGUGAUUUAGUUGGGGUUGGUCCUGCUUUGAGCAGGGGGAUGGACUAGAUGAUCUCCUGAGGUCCCUUCUAACCCUGAUAUUCUAUGACCCCCCCCCCAGGGUCAUCAUCCCACUGCCUCCCCUCUGGCACACCCCUACCUGGGGCCCCUCCCCUUUUUCCCAUGAGCACCCCACCCCCUGGGAUCCCCAACCCCCCUACAGUCAUCUUCCCACUCCCUCCACUCAAGGACACCCUCUCCCCCCCAUUUGUGACUCCAACAGAGACAGUCCCAGCCUGUGGUGCAGCCCUUACCCCUCAGGGAACUCCCACUCACCCUGUAGGGACACCCCCAGAACACCCCCCCAGAGAGAAUCCCCCAACUGCCACUGGACCCCAUUCCAAGUGCACUAGGGUUACCCCUUCUGACCCCCCAGUGCUCUGUGCUGCAGAAGCGAAAGGUCAGGUAGCUGAAGCCCAGCCGCAAGGGUUUGGUUUUAAGGAAGCCCCCGAAUUUACCAAACCUAAUCAACAAGGAGUUGGAAAAUCCUGUAUUUAAAUGGGAACCUCCAGCUGCCUGUGUCAGCAUCCAAAUACUCCAAAAAGAGCUGGGGAGUGAUACAAACUAGGAGCAAACAUGAGAUCAUCCCGUGUAGUUUGACGGUCCAAAGUAUACGGCGUGCCCACAGCAAACAGCCAGCAAUGGUGCCAAGUAAGGUCUUGACCCUGCAAGGGGCUCUGCUGUGUGCCCACUUGGAGCCCUAUUGAAGUAGCUGUGAGCUGCACCAGUGGAAAGGUCUUGCCUCAGUCUUAACAGUCAUUUCAGUAUUAAGAAUCUGGUAUAUUGUUACUAACCCAGGCAGUUAAAUGCUGUUUCUAAAUGUGUGUAGGGUUUUCACCCUACAAUGACAGCACUAUUUAAGGAGCCAAACUUAAAAAUCGCACCUCUGCCUGAAUGUGUUUUUACCAGUAUAAAUACAAGUAACACGUAAGGGUCCUAUAACCGAAAGAGAUUAGAAGGAAGAAAUGUUUUAUUUUCAGUUUUGUUUUGUGCAUUCAACAGCACAUAACAUACAGCGGGGGUUGGCAACCUGUAACACACAUGAGCUGAUUUUCAUUGGCACUUACUCUGCCCGGGUCCUGGCCGCUGGUCUGGGGGGCUCUGCAUUUUAAUUGAAUUUUAAAUGAAGCUUCUUAAACAUUUUAAAAACCUUAUUUACUUUAUGUACAACAAUAGUUUAGUUAUAUAUUAAAGACUUAUAGAAAGAGACCUUAAAAAACGUUAAAAUGUUUUACUGGCACACUAAACCUUAAAUUAGAGUGAAUAAAUGAAGACUCGGCACAGCACUUCUGAAAGGUUGCUGACCCCUGCUAUACAGUCAGACUUACUAUUUUCCCCAUGGAGAGAGAAUUUAAAAAAAAAAAACUGUUAUAAAACUAUCGUUAGUCAGGGAGAAUUGGCAAGUGCAGCACCAGAAACUGCUUUUACUUCACUUUUUAAGUCUGGCUGGAUUUCAUGUUGGUGUCCCUUUAGCCAGGUUAUAAAACUCGGUGAGAUUUCGGUGUUGUGUUAAUUUGAAAUAAAAGAAAGUACCUUUGUAUGUGACCUGUGAUUUUUCUUGUUAAUGUAACAAGGUGAUUGGUCUCCAGAUUUUUAAAAUGCAGAGUCCCUGACUAAGACUACAUGCAUCACAGACUCGGGGCACCUCAUACACCCACAAAGCAUCGCUGUGACUAUAAUGAUACCAGACUGCUUUGGAAGUGUAUUUACAUAGAAUAUUUGGGUGAAUGCCUCUGUGUUACCACCUAGAGAGAGAGAGAGAGUGCUCCCAGUCUUGGAUGAGACCUUUGGUGGCCAGCCCUGGUUACCUGUACAGUGUUCAUUGGCUUCCUAUAUUUAAUGGCAAGGUUAACCACACUGGCAGGCUUGGGCAGGAUCUGGCAGUACAACUGUCUCACCAGGCAUGGAUUGUUCAUUAGAUAUAAUACCUGUUCCGGUGUCCUGGCUGCCAUCAGCACCAUAGGAGCAUUGUCUAGUAGCCAGAUGUUUUGGAUAUUGACCGGGGCUGUUGCACAGAAUCCCUCAGCCCUUCCUCCCUGGUUACUUGUGGCUCUGUGGGGUUUUCAGCCAGGGCAUUAAUGUCUAGAUUUGCCACACUACGAAUGAUGAUUUUUAACCCUUUUGAAGACGAACCCGAUACCUGGUCACCUUCCAGGUUCUGUAUAGCUCUGCCCCUUUCUACUUUGCGUAGCCUCCCCUCCCCUGUCCUGACUCCUCCAACGUGUUCACUCUAGUCUGCCUAUAUGUCAGUCUCUCCAACAAUCACCUUCUUCCACAGUUCCCCCAACCCCCCCAGCGAGUUUUCACUUCCCUGAACUCAUCUGCAAGACUCUUACCCUGGCUAGACUGCCUGUAUGGAUAUUGUAUAGAAAAUCCAGGUAGACGGAGUGGAAGCAAAGAUGACUACAGCAGUUGUACCAGGCAGCCCUCUGCCUUCACAAGGGGAUGGAAACGUUUAUUACAUCUUGACAGAUGAUUUUGCCUAUGGCAGCAAGCUCUUUCCCUCCGGGAGCAUGUGCUUCCUCAAAGAGAGGCUGUAUCUGCGCAGUAUCGCCUGUGGCACGACUUCCACUCGCUGCAUGAGGGUCACCAUGCUGGAUGACCAUUCCAUAGCCACUGUUGAGGCAGAAAUUCUUCAACCUGUGAAUGAGGAGGAAGCUGUUUUCCUUCUGGCCAUCAACAACCUCAGUGAGCGCCUGAACUGUUUCCUGGACCGCUGUAGCCUUGAAGUAGCAGUGAAGGCUACAGUGGGCCAACAGGUGACAGUGGAUCUCAGCCAACAUCUGUUCACUGGUACCAUCCGCUAUAUUGGGAAGAUCAGCAAGAGCCCUUUGUCCUCCCCACUCUGUCCAUCCUACUUUGGGGUGGAGUUACAGGGUGAUGGUGAAGGCAAAGGCCACAGUGAUGGCACCUAUAACGGCUCUGAGUAUUUCAAGUGUAAGCAGAACUGUGGACUCUUUCUGCCGCUUAACAAAAUCCAGUUUAUCCCAGCGCUGGGCAGUGACCCAGCGAGAGAGGAGCCCAAACCGGAUGUGGAUGAGGUUGUUCCUGUAAAAGCCGGGGACACAAUUGGCUUCUACCUGGAUGACAUCUUCAGACAAGGCAUAGCUAUGGACGUGUACAAGGAGGGAACUCAGUGGUUUGUUAAAGUUUGCCCGGAAGAAGAAGGCCCAACAGAUGUUUUCAGAGAUAUCCCUAUGGACUCUGUUGUGAAGGAAGGGCUGCUCUCCCCAGUAUUUGAGCCAGACAUGGCCCCGGGAUCUCAGAGACAACUGAAGCGAGAGAGAAGCGGAAGCGGGGAGGAAUUGGAAAGUGAAAAACAGUCCCUGGAUGUGAACUCCAUGGUACAGAUCACCUUAGGCAAGGGGAAUCCAGUCUCUGGAAUCAUCCGCUGGUUGGGGUACCUGCCCAGUAUUGAGCCCAAAAUGGCAGGAGUUGAAUUAGAUGAAGAGAAGGGGGUCACAGAUGGCGAAUGGCUAGGCACACGCUACUUCCACUGCCCCCCGAAGCGUGGCCUCUUUGUUAAGCUUCAGUCAUGCCAGCCCGACAUACGCUUCCAGUUUGUGAGCAGUGGCCUCCUGGACCCCAGCACUUGCAGUAGGAUGGAUAGUCCUAAGGUUCUGGCUAAUUUUCCUCCUCUCAGGAAUGGCACAGCUGUGCGUGUUUUACAGGGGCGCAUGAGAGGGAUUCAAGGCCACUGCAACUCCUGCUACAUGGAUGCUGCCCUUUUCAGCCUCUUCUCCUGUACCUCUGUGUUGGACUCCAUGCUCUUCAAGCCCUCCCUCCCACCCGACGGGCACGUCCAGAAGAUCCUCCGGGAUGAGAUUGUGAAUCCCCUCCGACGGAAUGGCUUUGUUCAUGCUAAUAGCGUGAUGCAGCUAAGGCAGCAGUUGACGGAGAAGGGCCAGUGUUCGAGCUUUGCCACGUCUGAGAAAGACCCCGAGGAGUUUCUCAAUCUCAUCAUGCAUCAUAUCCUGGGAAUAGAGCCACUACUGAAACUGCAGUCUGGAGGCCAAAAGGAGCAAGAGUGUUACUGUUACCAGAUAUUCAUAGACAAGCAAGAGGGGCUGGUCGUGCCAAACGUGCAACAGCUAGUGGAACAUUCCUUUCUGUCUUCCAAUCUCAAGCUAGUGGAGAUCCCCUCUUGUUUCAUUAUCCAAAUGCCACGGUUCGGGAAGGAAUAUAAAAUGUUCAGCAAAAUCAUUCCCUCCCUGGAGCUGGACAUCACUGACCUGCUGCUCGACAGUCCCCGGGAGUGUUUUGUGUGCGGGGACGUAGCCACCGAGGAGUGUUCCGAGUGCUUCAAAGACAAGAUGUUUGCAGUUACGGGGAUGAAGCAGUACUGCAAGUCCUGCUGCAGACAGGCUCAUUCUCACUACCAGCGCAAAGCACACAGGCCCACAAAACUGCAUGUCCCUGAGGAGUUUCAGAGCAGGAGCCACAUGGACAGCCCCCGAAUCCCACGGGAGAGGAUGGAGCUCUUUGCAGUGCUCUGCAUAGAGACCAGUCACUAUGUCUCCUUUGUGAAGUACGGGCCGGAGAAAGAGAACUGGCUGUUCUUCGACAGCAUGGCUGACAGGCACGGUGAUGAGAAUGGCUUCAACAUUCCCAUCGUAACGCUGUGCCCUGAAGUUGCCAAGUACUUGCAGUUGCCAGUGGCAGCGCUGGCUAUGGAGCAGCCCCGGGACAUGGAAGGCGUGGCCAAACGCCUCUUCUGUGACGCGUACAUGUACAUGUACCAGAGCAAGAAGAUGGCACUUUACAAAUGACCCCAGCCUGGGCUGGGAGAGACCCUGCUGCUCCCGUGCAGAGCCAUGAGACACUGGAAAUGGGGGCUUGUUCAAACCAGACAGUAGCUACCUGCAGCUGCUAAUUGAGAAAACCCAGCCAGAGUCCAGGUCAAGUGACCUUUUCAGCUUUGCCUCUGCUUAACCCUUCCAAAAUUGAGUGUCAGACUAUUGAUAAGAGCAGCAUUCGGUGGUGGAAAGCCUGUGGCCGGCAUUAGCCGAGGGACAGUUUGGACCUUCUGCAAAUCGAGACUCAGAACCAGUUUACACUUUUUUACAUAUCCUGAGUAAGAGAACUUCACCUUCAUCCCAUUCCCCUGUCCACACCCCAGAUUUCCAUCCUUCCUUCUCCAGACCCUCUCUACGGCUCUGGGCUCACCGGAACCCCUCCAGCCUUUCUUUCUCUCAAUUAACUAUUCCCCACAGCUCAGGAAUCAAGAAGCCCAAGUCAAGGCAUGGGCUGUGACUCUCCAGUUUUCAACACAGCACAAGAGAACUGCACUAGACUUCUGGGUGACAUCUCAGCUCAUCAGCUUCCUGAAUGUAAAUGCAAAAGCGCCUUCUAGAUGGUCAGGAAUCAAACCUCUCAGGAAGGGAAUUUUGCGUAGAUCUUCACUAAAUUCUGGGGUAUGUGACUAUGAUCCUGGGGUCCCAGUAAUGGGCCGUUCUGAACCUCCCCGUUCCCUGGACGCAGAUGUGCACUCCCUUAUUUAGAACUCCCUUGUGUUCCUUUACUCGCCCUGUUCAGCACUAAUUUCUCUGACACUCUGCUUAACAUCAGUAGCACUUUCUGGAAGUUGGAAGUCCCCUCUUUUUAGACAUGACAUUUGGCUCAAGACUUGCAGCUUUGUCUCACUGUUUCAAGCCGCACUUUGAACAAAAAUAUAAUUUUAAGAACAAAACUGGGGCAGAUACAGCCAAAACCAGCAUAGGAAUGUCCUUCCCCAAAGGCUGUGAGAUUGCUCGGAGCGUGUGGCUUUCUUGCUGUAGCUCAUCAUUUUAAAGCUCAUUGUUCUGGUUUCUUGAGGCGCAUGUGGAACAGCGAUAACCAAACAAACUUCCCAGAAAAAAUGCUUUUUAAAAAUGAACCUGUUCAGGUUUUCCACCCGUAACAGGACUAAAGAGGAGGGUAUGUCUAGGGGGAGUUAUUGGCCUUCAGCUAUUUUAAAACAGCGAAGUUAACCUUUGCAAAUUUGGUACUGAACCUGCUGCAAAGUUUUUGUUCUCCUAAUGCUGGUAGGAGGCCCUAGGAGAGUUAUGGACCAGGUUGCCCAAAUGUCACCCAACCAAAGUCUACAUGGACAACUUGUCAGGAAGCUGACGGGUGUCCAGAAUGGGUGUAGAACAGGUAGCGGAUUGCAGCUGUCCUCUUUUAUACAUGGGGUGUGGCAGCAGCAACUCACAGCAUGUAACACAGUCUUGAUCUGAGUGACCUGUCUGUGUGGGUCAAGCUGGAGCAUUGUGUCAUCUCUAUGGGCUGCCCCUUUCCAGUACAGACGAGAGAAAUCAUGGUGCAUAGCAUAACUGGCUGCAUUUAGCCCAUCUUUGGCCACUCUGUUAUUAACCAGUUCCGUGUUAUAACAGCCUGUUGAGUUAAUAGGCCAGUUUGAAACAUGGUGUUCUGGUUCUAUAUGGUUUCAGCUGUCGGGAAAAUUAUCCACAUAAUGAGCUUGGAUUUGCCAAAAGGCCUGAAGAACGAGAACAAAUGCUGUUAUCUUAGCUGGCUUUCCAAACACGCACAGAAACCAGAAAGCUCAGAGUGCAGCUGAUGCCCUUCUCGACUCAAAAGCAUCAUCCUUGGGGGCUGAUCCUGACCGGUGCUGGGCACCUAUAAUUCCCAUUUCCUUGGGACUUGUGGGUUUUCUUCCCCUCUCAGCAUCGCCUGCUGUUUAAAUCCAUGUUAGAUCCUGUGUAUGCACUGUGCCUGGGAGCGAAGCUUUUGCAGUUUCUAAGGUUACAGUAAUAGUAUUAGUUUAGUGUCGUAUGACACGUGGGCUCCAGGAGUACAAGAGGUUUGAAAGCCUCCAGCGGAUCCCGGCCCCACAUAUCUUCUCCCAUAUAGCUGGUUUCACUUAACAUAUCAGGUACUUGUUCUCCAGGUGCCCUGUGCUUCUCUUGCCUCUUAGCUGGUCUUGUAUGAACCUCAAGAUCCUCCAGUCACUCCCAGCUCCACCACAGCUAAUUCGGUGCUUCUGUCUGAGGAAGUCAGGAGAGCUUUGGGCCACAGGACUCCCUCAGCAAUGGGAUUCCUUUAGCCAGCCCACCUCCUCACUUUUAUCCUUCUUCCUCAUUACAAUUAUGUCUCUGGCAGGAAGAUCAAACUUCCUUGAAGUGUUGGUUGCUGGGUUCUGCCGCUCUCUAAUGCGAACUGACCUGCUGAUCUUGCCAUGACUAAUGCCCUGUUUACUAUAGAGCAGUAGAAACCUCUUUCUCCGCUCUCUUUCAAAGCCAUGAUUAGCUCUUCAGGCCCAAGUUGGUUUUCUCCGUAUGACGUCUCUUUAUAGCUCUGACCUCUUUUCUCAGGUAUUGCAUGGGCUGGGGUUCUGUGUCUCAAGGAGCCAUCCUGUGGUUUCUUAGGGUGUGAAUUAGCUCUUCUGGGAUUUUACAGUGUAAAUGGUGACUAUCAGAUGAUUUUUACUUCGGAUAUUUAUAUGAUUUGUUUCUCUUUUUAUAUUUCUAAGCACAAGACACCUUUUUUUAAUUGUCAGAAGCGCUGCCUUCUUGACAUGACAUAGCUUCUGCACAGGGGACAGAGCAAGCCAUGCUUUCUAAAAGAGCUGAUUCAGGGCACAUCCCUGAGCUCUGUAGGGUUUCUACUGUUUCCUCCCCCCACCCCCAAUACUGCAAAAAUACCAAAGCAGCUUUCAGCACUUUUGAAAUGAAUUUCUCUGAUCAGGACAAUAGUGGGAUGCACAAAUCCAGUUUGAUUUCCCUGCAUUCAUCGUGCAUUAGGAGUGUCCAUCAGUAAGUCUAUGCCGUAUCUUAAAGCUAGAGGUCUUAAUGCCAAAACAAGUGGAAGCCACUCAUUUUUGCCUAUGGAUGCUGCAUUGUUUGUGACGUGUGUCACUAGUUUGUAAUGCUGGGAAAAUCCAGACUCCGGAUAUCAGAUUGACCUCACUUGGAGUAACCCAGUCACUGCUCUGGUGCUUGAUAAGUCAGACAGGAAUAAUGUGCAUUAGCCUCUCUCAGUGCUUCCUCUGUAGUAUAUUGCUUGGCUGAUGUUUUCUGUACUGUUUAAACCUCUGUAUAUUCUACAGAUUUGUUUCUGUUCUUUGUUUCAUGCAUAAGUCUCUUUUUAGUGGUUUCUGUAACUUUGCCUUAAACUGAUUUGGGGAGGAGA